AUGUUUUCUCCAUUUUUUCGUUGGUUUCUUUUCUUCGUGUUGUCUUCAAAGAUACUUGAAGCACUUUAUGAACAAGGUUAGUUUGAUAUUUUUUUCUUUUUUUUUCUUUUCAUAAAAAACCUAGCUUUAAAAGCCUUAGAAUUACAGGAAACAUUUUAAUCUUUAGAGAAUAGCAAAGUGCAAAGAAAGAUUUUUGAUUGGAAAAAGAUUCGAAUAUUUUACUGAGAAGUAUCUUCCAGAAAUUGAAUAAUUGAAUUGAAUUAAAUGAAUUUUUAGAACGUUUGUUUCCUGAUUUGCUUUUUUCAGAGCUUCGAUCCUCACCAUCCAUACUUCAUCACACCUCAAUUCAGCCUUGGAGGUUUCUACAAAAAACGAGUUUGAAGCCUAUUUGAGCUUACUGUCUAGAAAUUGAAAAAGAAAAGUAUCAAAAAACAUUUAACCACAUGCGUAAAACUCCGCGGCAGGUGCAAAAUUUUAGCAUUCUAAGAUUCUAGUGGCAAGCGUAGAAUAGUUAGUUUUGAAGGAUUUGCACAAUUAUUUUAAAGUCUGAAGAGGUACCAGUCAGUUAAAUUCUUACUUGAAUUUUUUGGCUCAAAGUUGUUCGCUUUUAUCGUGAAUUUUUGGCCGUUUUUCAUGGAAUAAAAAUUUUAAAAUUGUUUUCAUUUUUAUUUUGAUAGAAUCGCAGGCAACACACCACCCAGAUCUUCGUCAAGAUGUUUUUGUAAAAGACGAAUACCACUUUUUAAACGUCCCUGGAAUUAGAACGAUUACAGUGUACGACGCCUUUGACUGCACCUUUGAAUGUCUCAAUAAUCCUUCAUGUUUUUCUCUGAACCUGGCCGCCUCCAAAAGAACCGAUGGAACACUUUGGUGCGAAGUGUUGACUUCGAAUAAUUACAUCAACCCAGACGAGUACCAUGAAAACAAGACUUCACAUCACUUUUCCUUGAAGGUGCGAAUUGAGUUUUAACUAAACGCGUUAUUUCUAUUAACAAUCCUGUUGUCCCAGAUAAAAAUCUCGGGGAAUUAUUGAUCUCAGGUUGCGAGAGUUUGUGCGGAGUAUGUGAAGGCUAUGGAGGCGGAAAGAACCUAAGAGCUCAAAGAGGUUAAAUCCAGCCGGCAGUUGGUUUUGUUUUGUUUUUUCUAAGGCAUUAUGAUGAUAAAUUUGAAGGCAAUUCUUGUAUUUUCAUCUAGUGGUAUAAAGUGGGCAGUGAUGAAUUUUGUUUCUCCAGAGGCAGACGAUAAACGACUUUAUGAACUUUCCAUAUAAGGCAAAGGUAUAUCAGUUUAUCUACUACUCAUCUCGUAGAGAGACGAGUCUUAUUCGGGAACCGGACGGUAUGUACAUUAAUUAAAAGUUCCCACUGGUGUGAGUUGAUGCAAACAAAAUGAAAAGUCGCCUGUUUUGUCUCUUCCAGGGUAGAUUCCGUCCGAUAUCCUGCGUCGAAUAUGGGCAGCAAGGUGCCUACAAAGAUGGCAUUUAUAAGAUCUAUGAUAACGACGGAAACAGUUUCCCAGCCUACUGUGAUCUAAAAUCCGAGCCCGGUAUUGCAUGGACUCUGGUCAUGUCUUGGAGCAGAAAGAAUCGCCUUCUUCCUGCUUUUAGAAAAGCCGUUCUUCAGAUCAAUGCCCCAGAAAACGAGACCUCCCCGAACUGGGAUCGUUACCGCUUACGUCUGGAGCGAAUGAGAUCUUUGCAGGUUCACUCCACUCACUGGCGAGCAACAUGCUGCUACCCGACCCACGGCAUCGAUUACAGAGACUACCUCCGUGGAAACUUCAAAGACUUCAACAUCGUCGAUUUCCUUGGUGAUGGCAAGUGUAAGAGGGUGGAAUAUGUGGAUAUCCGAGGGCACAAUGGCACGAACCUUACAGCACUGUUUUGGCAGAAAAAGAACGCUUGGAUGUUGCAUAUUAUCAGCAGUUCAGAUCGCUGCAAGUUCAGCGCAUCCGUUGGAGCGGUUGGCAGUGAGGACAACUUUGGCUUUUAUGGUGAAAUUAAUCAAAAGUUCCGCUGCACACAGGCAGUCAACUCUACUACUCAGUGGUGGUUUGGAGCUCAUCUUAAAAAAUAG